AUGGCAACUCUUACAGAGAAUGAGACCGAAACUGCUCUGUCUGGAGCUGAUAUCUCCAUUUUCCCUGAUGGCUUCAAGACUUCGGGACAACAUCCUCCUAUCUAUUCACGAGUUCGCCCUUACACUGAUUUUCCAAAGGUUCAGUACGGCCCUACUCUGUGGAAAGCAGAGGAGUAUCGCAAUAACCCUGAGCUCUGGAACCACAAAUUCACCGACGAGGAAAUUAAAGAGCUCAGCGAUGCAAGCGAUGAAUUCAUCAAACAGGGCAUCCCAUUGACCGGAAUUUCUCAGGCUCGGUUCCCUCUUCCAAACCUUUCCAAGCGUCUUGGAGUGCUGCGGAAAGACUUGAUUGAUGGAAAGGGAUUUUUCCUUUUCAAGGGUAUUCCAGUUAACGAGUGGGACCUCCAAAAGUGUGCUACAGCAUACAUGGGUCUCGGCACCUACAUUGGUUACUUCACAAGUCAGAACAGCCGUGGUCACGUUCUUGGCCACGUCAAGGACCUUGGGGAGGACCCAACCAAGACUGAAAGAGUGCGAAUCUAUCGUACAAAUGCUCGGUAUGUCAAAUAUAGUAACAGCCUUAUAACAUGCAUCACUAACUUUGAUUCCAGUCAAUACUUCCACACGGAUGGAUCUGAUAUCGUUGGCCUUCUCUGCAUCGCCAAGUCUCUCUCCGGUGGUGAAUCAGACAUUGUUUCAACACACUCUGUGUACAAUCUGCUCCAGGAACGCCACCCUGAUGUGGUUGAGACUCUUGUCAGCCCUAUUUGGUACUUUGACCGCAAGGGCGAGGUCUCAGAAGGCGAAGAGGAAUGGCUCCGCGGCAGCAUCCUCUACCUAGAAAAUGAACGGAGCGAGAAUCCCCGAGUUUACGCCCGACUUGACCCCAAUAACGUCACCAGUCUUUCCCGAUACAACUCUGGCCCGGAUGCGCGUAUUCCGCCCUUAUCUGAAAAGCAGAAGUAUGCCAUUAAGAUUUGGGAGGAGACCUGUGCCGAGCUUGCUCUUCACAUGGUUUUGGCACCUGGUGACAUCCAGUUUGUCAGCAACUCUCAUGUCUUCCAUGCGCGUACUGCCUACACAGACCACCCCCAUGAUGCUGUUGAUGAGAAUGGCAAGCCUAUCCGCAGACGCCACCUGAUGCGUCUCUGGCUGUCUGCUCCUGAAUCCGAGGGUGGCUGGAAGCUCCCUUAUCAUGAUACUCUUGAGAAGAAGCGCGGUGGAAUCCAGGUUAACAACAACCCCCCAACCUGCCCCUUGGAUGCCGAAUAA